AUGGCGACUCUCAAGUUGUACACCAAGGGAACAAGUGUGUGGAUUCCUGACCCAGACAGCGUGUGGGUGUCAGCCCAGAUCCUUCGUGACUACAGUCCUGCAGAAAAUCAUCUAGAGCUUCAAGUCUCAGAUGGAACGGAAGUCCAGUACCCGGUGGGCUCUCUCACAGAGCUGCCUCCACUGGGGAACCCCGACAUCUCAGAGGGAGAAAAUGAUCUGACUGCCCUAAGCUUCCUGCAUGAACCUGCAAUCCUGCACAACCUGCGUGUUCGAUUUGUGGAUUACUGCAGCAUAUAUACCUACUGCGGUAUUGUCUUAGUGGCCAUCAAUCCCUACGAUGAGCUCCCCAUAUACGGACAGGAGGUGAUCGACGCCUACAGUGGUCAGGACAUGACGGACAUGGAGCCUCACAUCUUCUCUGUGGCGGAGGAAGCCUACCGCACCAUGAGCAGGGAAGAGAAAAACCAGUCCAUCAUAAUCAGUGGGGAGUCAGGAUCCGGUAAAACGGUCUCGGCCAAAUUCACCAUGCGCUAUUUCGCUGCGGUCGGAGGAGCCGCUCAACAAACCAGUGUGGAGGAAAGAGUCCUGGCCUCCAACCCCAUCAUGGAGUCCAUUGGAAACGCCAAAACCACCAGGAACGACAACAGCAGUCGCUUUGGGAAAUACAUUGAAAUUGGUUUUGGGAGUAAGGGCGACAUCAUCGGUGCCAACAUGAGGACCUACUUGCUGGAGAAGUCCAGAGUCGUCUUUCAGGCAUCAUCUGAGAGGAACUACCACAUCUUCUACCAACUGUGUGCCUCCAGAGAGCUGCCUGAAAUGAGAUCACUCAAUCUAGACGCUCCAGAGCAGUUCCGUUACACCAGCCAAGGCGGCCAGAUGACCAUCCCCAACACCCACGAUUUGUCAGAUCUGGAGCGAACUCGGACGGCUUUCCUCACGCUGGGUGUGCAGCCCGACCAACAGAUGGAGCUCUUCCGUAUCCUGGCAGCUGUCCUCCACCUUGGCAAUGUUGACAUUGAAGCCAGUGGGCGAAGUUCUGACCGCAGUUACAUUAACGCAGAUGACAGAUCUAUGGCCAUCUUCUCCAAGUUAUUGGGGGUGGAGGGGUCUCAGAUGGCCCACUGGCUGUGCCACCGUAGGCUGGCUGUUGGGGGGGAGCUGCUGGUCAAACCCAUGACUGGUCAGCAAGCUGUGGAAGCCAGAGAUGCUCUGGCUAAACACAUAUACGGUCAGCUGUUCACAUGGACCGUUCAAAGGCUCAACUCUGCUCUGCGCACACAGAGGGUCAAGGCCAAGUCCUUCAUUGGAGUCUUGGAUAUAUACGGGUUUGAGACCUUCGACCGAAACAGUUUUGAGCAGUUCUGUAUCAACUUUGCAAACGAAAAACUUCAACAGCAGUUCAACAGGCACGUCUUCCACUUGGAGCAGGAAGAGUACGUCCGUGAGGAGCUGGCCUGGAGCAGGAUUGAGUUCAGUGACAAUCAGCAGUGUAUCGACCUCAUAGAGGGACACCUGGGUCUGUUGGACCUGCUGGAUGAGGAAUGCAGGAUGCCUAAAGGUUCGGAUGACAACUGGGCUCGAAAGCUGUACGACCAGCACCUGGGCGGCAAACCUCACCCUCACUUCAUGAAGCCUCGCAUUUCCAACAGCGCCUUCAUUAUACUGCACUUUGCUGACACGGUGCAGUACGAAUGUGGCGGCUUUCUGGACAAAAACCGGGACACUGUGUUCGAAGAACUCAUUAAUAUCUUGAAAGCGAGUCAGUCUGAACUGGUGGCUGAGUUGUUCCAGCUGCCAGGAAGUGUCCCGUCAGUCACCAACGGAAGCAUGCGCUCUGGGAAAAGAGCCGCCCGGGAACACAAGCUCACCGUGGGCUUUCAGUUCCGACAGUCCUUGCAGAUGUUGAUGGAGACGCUGAACAGCACCACUCCACAUUAUGUCCGCUGCAUCAAACCCAACGAUCUGAAAGAGCCCUUCCUGUUCGACCCGACGCGGACCGUCCAGCAGCUGAGGGCCUGUGGGGUGCUGGAGACCAUUCGGAUCAGUGCUGCUGGUUAUCCUUCCAGAUGGACGUAUGAGGAGUUCUUCAGCAGAUACCGGGUUCUUCUCAGGGGCCUCCACCAGAAGGCGCCGCAGCAGUUGUGUCGCUCUGCUCUGCCACUGCUCAUCCCAGAUCAAGAGCAGUACUGUUUCGGGAAGACCAAGGUGUUUUUCCGAGCUGGCCAAGUGGCUCUCCUGGAGAGGCUCCGGGCCGACAGGCUGAGGGAGGCAGCCGUGAUCAUCCAGAGCUGGGUCAAGGGAUGGCUGGCCCGGGUCAACUACAGCCGGACCAUGUGGGCUGUCGUCACCAUUCAGAGCUACUGCAGAGGAGCUCUGGCCAGACGAGAAGCUCUGAUCCUGCGAUACACCAAAGCUGCCCUGGUGAUUCAGAAGACUUACCGCAUGCUGCUGCACAGGCACUUGUUCCUCAUGGUCCGCCAGGCCACCGUCACCAUUCAGGCCUUCAUCAGAGGCACCCUCACCCGCCGCAAGUACCGACAGAUCCUGGCAGAGCGAGCCGCCGUGCUGGUUCAGGCCCAGGUGCGCGGCUGGUUAGCCAGGAAGGACUACUUGAGGAAACGCGCCGCGGUGGUGUUCAUGCAGUGCUGCGUGCGGCGAAGAGCCGCUCGAAGAGAACUGCUGAAGCUAAAGACUGAAGCUCGCUCAGUGGAGCGGUACAAGGAGCUGCACAAGGGCAUGGAGGUGAAGCUGAUACAGCUGCAGCUGCGGGCGGACCAGGAGGCCAAGGAGAAAGCUGCCUUGAAGGAAGUCCUGCUUUUAGAGAGAGAGGCCAGCGCCGCUGAGCUGGAGGGGCUGAGGGCCAAGAUUCUCAAACUAGAAAGUCAGAAAAAUGAGAAGCCGCUCAUCAGUUUCGAUGAAAAGUCGGUGGAGGAGCAGAAGAAGGCGGAGGAGAAGGCCGCCAGGGAGAUCCUGCUGCUCACACAGGAGGUGGCGGCGCUACAGAAGGAGAAGGACACAGUCAUGAAGGCCAGAGACGAGCUUGCUGAUCGCUUGCUGGAUCAGGAAGCGGCACAGAAAGAACGUGUGGAUCAAGCUGCAGCUGAGGAGGCAGCCGCCGUCAGGUCAGAGCUGGACGAAGAGAAGCGGAAGUAUCAGGGUCUCCUGAGGGAGUUCACCAGACUGGAGCAGCGAUACGACAACCUGCGAGACAUGAGUUUGCUGACCGAGCGCAGUGGCCACAGACGGACAGACUCCUCUCAGAGUUUCAACUUCGAGCCUCUCUCCCCCUCCUCUCCCUGCUCUCCCCAGUCUCUCACCCCUCUCUCCAUCUCACCCUUUCCCUCUGCCUUCCCUUCGCCUGAGGAGGUUCGGAGGACCAGUGUGGUGUCCCCCACCUUUGAGAGAAUGGGUUCACCGUGGAGUUUUGAAACACCCAUGGAUCAGCUGAUGGAGAAGAUGGAGGUGGCCAAGGACACGGCCGUUAAGCAGAAGGCGGAGGAUCUGGCACACGCUUAUGAUGCUGUUCGAGUGGCCAACAAACUUCUGGAGAGCCAGCUGCGCAGUCAGCAGAGUCAGUGGGAGAAAGACCUGGAGGAUGUGAAGCUCCAGCUCAGCCAUGCGACGUCGGGUUCUGCUGCGUCGCAGCUGCAGGAGGCUCUGGAGGUGAGAGAGAGAGAGUGUGAGCGGCUGAGAGCCGAACUGAAGGCGCUGAAGGGCACCGUUACACUCAGGCGACUCUUGUCUCAAGUUGUUCCGUCCGUGCUGACCGCAGGAGCGUCGCUGACUCAGCCGAAGCCGCCGGCGAUCACUGGUUUACUGGAGUGUCGGAAACGUGAUGAAAGCAAACUCAUAAAGAAUCUCAUCACAGACAUCCGCGCGGACGUCGCCCUGUCUCUCUCCCCUGGCCUGCCAGCCAGCAUCUUGUUCCUGUGUGUUCAACAGGUGGACAGCACCGGAGAUCAGAGCCGGGCUCGCGCUCUCUGCGGUGCUGCCGUCGCUGCUAUCAAAGCUGCUCUGAAGAAGCACAGCAGUGACAUGAAGAUGACGGCGCUGUGGCUUAAAAACGCCUCUCUGCUUCAUGACCUGUUGACCCAGCACUCGGCCCAAAAGUUCCUUGCUUCCGAUGGAGUGAAGCCUCUGACCUGUGACCUGAGUGACCUUGGCGGCACCCUGAGUGAUCUCUGCAUCCAGGCCUACCAGCAGCUGCUGUCCAUCACAGAGAAGCGACUGCAGAACCUCAUUGUCCCUGCUGUGCUGGAGAGUGAAACCAUCCCGGGGCUCUCCAGCGCUCCUGUUAAGCCGGGUGGGCUGAGGAAGCGUGCCGGCUCCGAGCCCAGGGCCACAGGUCUCACCGUGAAGGCAGUGCUGGCAGAGCUGGACGCUCUUCUGGACGCCUUGACCCACCAGGAUCUGCCGUCCAGACUGAAGGAGCAGGCGUUUCUCCAGAUCUCCUACCUCAUCUCCGCCUCGGCUCUCAACAGUCUGCUGCUGCGCAAAGACAUGUGCUGCUGGAGUCGUGGGAUGCAGAUACGCUACAACGUGAGCCAGGUGGAAGACUGGCUGCGCAGCCGCGGUGUACAGGCAGGUGGCGCUGUGGCCACUUUGGAACCGCUGAUCCAGGCUGCUCAACUCCUGCAGGCGGAUAAGAAGACUCCCGCUGAUGCUGAAGCGCUGGCUCAGACCUGCACUGCGUUAACCUGCCAGCAGAUAGUCAGGAUUCUGACCGUCUACACGCCCCACAGCGACCACGAGGAGAGAGUCUCCAAAGGUUUCAUCCAAACCGUUCAGAGGCUCCUCAAAGGACAGUCCACGGGACCUUCUCAGAUGCUGGUGGACGUCAGGAGGGUGUUUCCUGUCACCUUCCAUUACAGCCCCCCAGACAUGAUCUCCUCUGACCACUUAGUCAUUCCUGACUGCCUCAAGCUUUCCUUCCUACGCAGAACCUGAUGAAUCACACUGUUUAAUUCAUGUGAGGGAAAAGAACCACCUCCCCCUAGUAACCUCUGAUUUGGUCCCAAAUGCUCAAGUAGCAUUCACUCACUGGUUUAGGGUGAUUGACCCUUUAAAUGUACACUUUGUCCUUCAUUACCAACUUCAAGUCCUUUUCUUGUCACCCAUUGUUGUGUAACUUCGUGUGACCCACACACAUGUAAUGCUCGCCACAUGCUGGCCUGGAAGGUGUACUACUAUAUUGUUUUCAUUUGAUUCACUUACAGACUCCAUUUUUUGGUGCUGACCUCAUUUUUCUGGAGAACUUUUUUGGCAGUGAUAAGUGUAACAACCCGAUACUCAAACCGCUUGCUGGAGACGAUGAGAUGACAGGCCUUCUGUUGUGUAGCUGAAGGGAUGAAGUCGUGUGAUUGGCUGUGAGCGCUACCCUCAACUCUCUGGUUCUGCAUCUGAGUGUCAGGCUUCCCUUACUUUACACUAUGAGACUCUCCUUAAAGAAAAGAAGCCCCCUAUACUUGCCAUGAGUAUUGCAGUAUGGGUCAUGCACAACAAAAAUAAAUAAGCAAAUAAAUAAAUUUCCACAAUUUAUUCGAAGCAGAAACUCAAUGAGACCGAAGCCUCUUUCUCUUCAACACCAAGAAUAAUAAUAAAAAAAAAAUUACAAACAUCUUGUGUAUAAAAAAAUUCCCAUGCGAGUACUUGGUACCACGACACAUCAUUAGUAAUACAUAUUUAUAUAUUCACAAACAUUUCAAAAAUAGUAAACCAUAUGGAAAUAUCAAAAUAACAGACGACAUUUGGCAAGAACAUCAAAUCAUUUUGCGUGCUGGCACAACACAAUUGUUUGUUUUCAUUGCUCCCAUCAUGCACCACUCCUGAAAGUUAAGGGACCGGUGGACGCCCAGGUGGUCGGGCCAGUGCGGCAGUUCAUGCACGGCUGCCUGCGUGUGGUUUCUGUGCUUUUUGUUGUGCUCCCGUGUCUACUUCCUCCCUCACUAGCAUCUCACAUGCCGACAUUUCAUCCUCCACAUCUGCAUGAAAUCAAGGUUUUAUUCGUGGCAUUCUCAGAAUUGACAUUGACGUACCAUUGAUAAAAGACUGUGCAAAUGUCACUCAAAGACAGUAUACGCCCCAGAAAUUCAAAUCUAGGUGGUUCUACGUGAUCUGUUGGUCUGAAGUGCACACCUUUCAACAGCUACACAACCACGAAGAGCGGCACACUUCUCUAUUGACAAGUCAAUGGUAUCGCUACGCUGUGGCGGGUGGUAGUAAAAAAGCGAUUCAAAAUCUCCGUCAGCUCUUGGGUGCUCGAGUAAGACAAAAUCCAUACUGUAAACGGUGAAAGACCUUGACUUGCUGAAUGACUGGAUGAGAUGCAUAGAGAUUGAAGAAUUGAAGACAGAAGAAUUAGGGGGGGACUAGACUGGAAACCCUGUUAUCCUAAAGCACGACAGAGACUGCGUUCCCACUUGGUGGCAGGAUCUUGCAUCAUUGAACUGAAGUAAACUAGUGAGGAGUCACAAUUUUUUUGUACAGUUGCUGAAGCCCUCUCGAAGAGUUGUGUUGGCAGUGGGUGGAACCUGAUGGCACCCAAAGUCCGGUUUCAUAGAGGAGCUGCUAAACGGACAUUAAAGGAGUGUUGCCUUUUGGCUCAGCUAAUCUUUUGCUGCACUCCACAUCUGCUCCGAAUUCCCAUCAAUCUCACCCUGAGAAGUGAACAAGACAAGCUUAUACCGUGCUCCACUAUUUCCCUCAGACCCCGCGGUGCUGGCACCCGUCCCUGCCACUUCACAUUUGGACAGCACAUGAUAUGAGUUCUGUGUAUCUGCCUUGACUCUUCUGAUUCCAUAGCGAUGAUAUAAAUUGCGAGGUCCAUGCAUGUCACACUAAACUGACUAGUGAGGCGUUGACCCUCUGCGAAAUGUUAUCACCAAACCCGACCAGGUCUGGAUCUGCAGCCCUUAAAGUAGAGGUCUGACUUCCCAGUUGCAGCACCUGCAGCGCCGUCGCGAGUCAUUUGUGCUUCGUCCCUGGAUUGUGGAGACUCUAAUCUAUCGCAGGGCCGCCUGGAAUGUUUACAUUAACAAACAGAGUAAACAUCACUUGAUCUGAAACACUCCUCUGUGAUGACAGCCACGAGAACACACUCGACUCACACACACACACACACACGUAUAAAAACAAAAAAAGGGUCGACGAGACAGAAGGCAUUGAGGGUGUCAGGCAGUGUGCUCUGAUAGAGGGACAGACGAGGACCAACCGUGGCGUCCAUCUCUAAACCUGUCCUUACAUCUUUAUAUGUAGCUAUCAACAUAGAUAAAGCAGUACUUACAUGUACAUUUACUUAUA